UCCUCCCCGUCUCCUCCAUCUCCCUGCCUUCGUCUUGCGCUCUCAACAGCCGGCGAGGAUAUUCUCCUACUCUCGGCGAUACGAGCGGGAAUUGGCAACUCGUCUGUGGCGAAAAGGCCUACUUAGCUAGGGACGGAAGGCAUCCCUACGUGCUCCACCCUCCAGAUCCUCCUCGUCGUCCCUGGUAUUAGUAUAUGCUGUUAUAAGGGCAUACAACACAAUGAGCAUCAUUCCGAGCUUGUCCACCCUCCUCUCUCUGCUCUCGUUCCUUACCACCGUGUUCGUGCUUGCACGAGUCGGUGCAGCGGCGUUCUCUGCCAACGUUGGCCAACCUCAGGACUCAGAUCCCUCGUCUUCGGCUACACCUUCAAAAGCUGCUCAGCUCCUCCAAUUCCAGCUUGGUCGACCCGUUUCUGGAAGGGAAAUUAGCACGGGAAUGUCGUUACUACAGGCUGCUAUUCGGUUCGGUUCUGCUUCUGCGAAGGACGAGAAGGAGAGGGAGAGGUUAAUAAGCGAUAACAACAGUGAGCGGGAACGAGGAAUGAUGAUGGGGUAUAUUGGAGGGCAUGAACUUGUGCGUAUGCCUGCAUCGACGUGGACUGGCGUACGAAGACCGGGACUGCUGUUUCGUCCGCCGUCGCCGUUUCCUGAUCAGACAAAACCUCUAUCUAUGGCGAAGUUGAUCAUGUCGAGACAUCAAAAUCAGCGGAGAACGAAUAGGCCUCCGCCGCCUUUACGACGACCGCCUGGACUUCCUCCUACUCCUCCCUCGCGGUCGAGAUUAGUUGAGGAAGUAUGAUUCUGAAAACUUCAUUUCGUAUCCUUUUUGCGUACUUGCAGCAUUGUGUUUUACCUUCUCACUUUCUGACAUGUAUUGGAUUUCGCCACUGUCCGCCACAUUUGAUUUCGCAUAUACGCAUGUUCGCUCGCAUGAGGGUUACUUCCGUUCGGUCUGGCCCGGGCCUUGACACGGUCCGAGUCCUCCCCCUUGUCCCUUGUCCCGACCCCUUGUUAUCUUCGACAUCUUCGACUUCGACUACCUCGCUCCGUCCGUCCGAGUGUUGUUCUUCACCUUCAUCUUUUUGGCCUACGCAUCAUGAUAUGAUCAUUGAUGAUACGCAAAUGCCUUACUGUCUUACGAUCCUAUCCGCUUUUCGCACACGGUGAUUUGAAGGACGGGCUUAACGUUCACCCGUCCGUCUACGCUAUGGAUGUUUAUCCGUGCAUACACGCCCCGACGUCUCACGUCUGCACAUCCACGUUUCGUGUUUGGAAUGUCAUUCUGGAACAUGUUACGAGCUGCGUCCGUGUACGACCGUUGCGGCCCCACCUUACAGAAACACAACGCCUACACACGCCACUCUUCCGAUUUGAUCCCCACCGACGAUGCGACGCACCACCAUCAUCAAUCACGAACCACGAAUCCUCGUACUCGCCCCCUUCGCACUGCGCUCACUAACUUCAUGGGUUAUCUAUUCUCGCUUCUACUUUUUGUGAAGCGCCUGGACUGCUUUUUGCAUAUAUUAUUUGAUUUUGAUUUGUUGUGCUUUUAUCUCUUCUCGUUCGCCUUUCUCCUCUUCUCGUCUGCAUUUCCCCCUUUCUUUUUCUUUUUCUGUAUUCUCCCUAUCUGCUUCUGCUAUAUAUGUUCACCAUUCCAGCUUCUUAAUCCAUUGAUCCCUCUUCCUAUUCCUCUCCCCCC